GAUCCCCACCUCCCCGACCACCGCUCGCCGGGAGGAUCCCGCCGCCGCCAUGAGCGAGAUGAAGCAAGGAGGAAACGACGACGACGCCCUGCGCUGCCCCCCGCACCCUGGAUUCAUCCGCGGGCUCUGCUUCCUGUGCGGGGUGAAGGAGGAGGACGCGGAAGGAAGUAACCCCGGAGCCGCCGUUGGUUACGAGAUGAGGAAGCUAGGAGGAGACGACGCCUCCGCCGCCGCGCGCUGCCCGCCGCACCCUGGGUUCGUCCGCGGGCUCUGCUUCCUGUGCGGGGUGAAGGAGGAGGACGCGGAAGGAGGCGCGUCCCGAGGAGCCGCCGUUGGGUACAUCCACAGGGGACCGACGCUGCCGGCUUCGGAGACGACUAGCAUCCCGCGCGCGUCCGACCUGGCGACCCUCCUGCGCACGAGGAAGCUGACCCUCAUCCUUGACCUGGAUCACACGCUGCUUAACUCGACGGGGCUCCACGAGCUCUCCUUCAUCGAGCAAGACCACGGGUUCACGUCGAACAUCAGGGACGAUCCCAGCAUGGGCCUCUUCCGAUUGGACUCCUCUCCCCCUUCUGUGCUCACCAAGCUGCGGCCGUUUGUGCGAAGCUUUCUGGAGCAGGCGAGCGCCAUAUUCGAGAUGUUCGUGUACACCCUGGGAGAGCCGCAUUACGCGAGGGCGGUCGUCAAGCUGCUCGACCCAGACGGCGUGUACUUCGGAGCGAGGAUCGUGUCGUGCGAGGAGUCGACCAGGCCGGACGUGAAGAAACUCGACGUCAUCCCGGGUGCCGAGGCCGUCGCGUUGGUGAUCCUCGACGAUUCGGACUAUGUCUGGCCGGAGCAGCAGGACAACCUGAUCCUGAUCGACAGAUACCACUACUUCGCCUCCACAUGCUGGAAUUUCGGCUACCGCGUCCCGUCACUGGCGGAGCAGAGGCGGGACGAGAGGGAGCACGACGGCUCGCUAGCCGUGGUGCUGAGCGUCCUGAAGCGCGUCCACCGCGGAUUCUUCGACGGCCACUGCUCGGACGUCAGGGAGGUGAUCAGGAGUGUGCGGCGCGAGGUGCUGCGCGGCUGCACGGUGGCGUUCAGCCGGUUGAUGCCCCUGGAGGACUUCGCCGAGGACAGCCCCAUGUGGACGUUGGCCGAGAAGCUCGGCGCCGUCUGCGAGGUCGAUGUCGGCCCGACGGUCACCCAUGUCGUCGCGGAGGAUCCGGGGACCGAGAAGGCGCGGUGGGCGCGGGACAACAACAAGUUUCUCGUCAACUGGGAUUGGAUCAAGGCGGCAAGUUUCCGGUGGUGCCGGCCGAACGAGCAAGAGUUCCCGGUGACCCGUGGACGUUGAACAAAGCCGUGUGGCUUCCUGCUGCGGAAUGGUAUCGCCAGCCUCCGUGACUUGCUUGCUUCAGAUCGUUGAGAUUGCCUACUAACCUGAUCGGUGAGAGUUGUGUGGCGCAUUGAUUCACUCGGGCCAAGUUUUGUUGGAAAAAUCAGCACUAACCAGAUGUCUCUGUUCAGUAGCUAUCAGAUGUUCAUCGAUCGAAAUGGGGUUGCUAACCUUCGACACUUUCAUACUUCGGAUAGUUGAGACUUGAGAUUGCCAGGGUGGUAUUGUGGAAGGUGGUAUCUCGAUUCACUCGGGCCAAGUUUUGUUUGAAAAAUCAUUUUCAACAUCUACCUUGUGGAGAUGUUUCAGUGUUACUGAUCCGUUGUGGUGAACUACAAAUGUCGUUCUGUGUGCAGAACCUCUGUUCGGUUACUGUCAGGUGUUCAGAAUAGGGAGUUUGAAAUCUUUUAGUUCCUGUCAAUGAUCUCUGUUAAAAUGCAAAACAAUG